GUCUGGUUCUCAGGAACAAAAGGGAGUUUUCCCUGUCUGCGCAUGCGCGGUGUGGUUCAUAGGGCUCAGUUGUUCAGGGCGCUGUUGUGGUGGUCACAAGGAUUUAGCAUUUAAAAUAAAUGUUCACAUAUCGUCCAUAAAGGGGUUAAAGCUACAGAGUACAGACCACCCCUGCGGAGCAAGACGUCUACAGCUUUUGCCAUUGGUGUGAAGACGAGGAGACCCCAAUCUCGGCAUGUCUGUGCUGAACGCAUUACCUUUCAUGAGGCCAGUUCACAUUCGAUCACCGCGACAGCAGAGACGCCACACUCUUCCUGCCAGUGAAUUCCGCUGUCUUUCCCCGGAAGAUGCAGUCAGCGUGUUCGAGAUAGAAAGAGAGGCCUUCAUUUCCGUAUCUGGAGAAUGUCCCCUCCAUCUGGAUGAAGUACGACAUUUCUUGACCCUUUGCCCUGAGCUUUCUCUCGGCUGGUUCGAAGAGGGACGACUUGUGGCGUUUAUCAUAGGGUCAUUAUGGGAUCAGGACAAGCUAAACCAGGACGCCCUCACCCUGCACAAACCGCACGGAUGGUCAGUCCACAUCCAUGUCCUCGCCGUACACCGCACGUUCCGGCAGCAGGGCAAAGGGUCUAUCCUGCUGUGGCGCUACCUCCAGUACCUGCGAUGCCUGCCUUUUGCGCGGCGGGCCGUGCUCAUGUGCGAAGAUUUUCUGGUUCCUUUCUAUUCCAAGUGCGGCUUCAAGGCUGUGGGCCCGUGCAACAUCAUCGUCGGACCCCUGAAUUUUAUCGAGAUGCACUGCCCGGUCAAAGGUCAUGCCUUUAUGCGUAGAAAUAGCGGUUGCUAGCCCCCCCCUAACCUUACAUCUCCCGAUUUUACAAUACUGAAAGGGGUACUCCGCCUCUAGACAUCUUAUCCCCUAUCCAAAACAUAGGGGAUAAGAUGUCUGAUUGCAAUGGUCCUACCCAGCAUUUGUUUAGAGCGUCGGAGGCUCGUAACGUCACGGCCACCUCCCAUAGACUUGCAUUGAGGGGGCGUGGCCGUGAAAUCACAAGCGGGGUGUGGCCAUGACAUCACGAGCCUCCAGCCCGCAUCCCCAGGCAUCCAGCACGGAUGGAAGGGAUAAGAUGUCUAGGGGCGGACUACCCCUUUAACCCUUUGCUUCUCAAGGGCUGCCCCAGGGGCAAACAGGGUUCUGCUCAUGGUAAUUCAGACACGGAAUGAUCAAUAUGAAUGCAUGAAAUGUCCACACAAAAAUGGCGUCCUGUGUCCCCGGGCCGCAGUCGAGAAGCCCCUUUUGCACCUCUGUAUAAAUCCCACCAUCGCGCGAAUGAUUUCACUGUACAAAGCCCCAAUUGAUAUGAACUGUCAUAAUAAAUCUUGUGUUUUUUUUUUAUUUUUCUGGUUUUCUAUGUCUGUCUUAUGUAAGAAUUAUUCCUUAUAAGAAUUAUUCCUUAUAA